AGAACUUGGUGACCACCCCCAUUCAGUUUUGCACAAUUCAGUUUUGCGCAAUUCAGUCUUGCGCAGAUGCAGGCGCAGCCGCUCUGCAGGCUGGCAAUCAAUUGAUCUUUGCAGAGUUCCUUUGGGGAUUUGUUGACCUUGGCAUCACAGUACAUAGCACGGGCGCUAGGACCUAGGACCGGCCUAUUAGUCAGUCAGGACCCAACAGCCUAACACCCGACGGCGUGGCCGAUAUCGGCCGCAUCGGGGUCUAUUGCGGGGACGCUGGAUGGUCCUUUUGCCUAGCCGCCGAGCCAUGGGGGCGGCAGAGUCACGGCGCAAACGACACGGGCUCUUCGUCCACUGCGGCAAGGAAUCUGCGCCCCCGGCAGAGCUGCGAUGCCUGCAAGAACAGGAAGACAAAAUAAAAGGCACGGGAUCAUGUCGGUACUGCGCGUUAAGCAAUGCGACAUGCUCGACCAGCGUGCGGCUGCAGCGGCGGCCGUACUACCGCGUGUCGGAAGAAGAAUACAAAUGCUGCAUGCGGCUGCUGCGGCACUCUGUGCUCAACGCGACGCUCGACCUGAAGACGAUGAAGGCUAUGCUGGCCGAGAUCGAGCAGGGCGUCGACAUCGCCCCCGCCGUCGCCGUGCCGCCCUCGACACCGAGGAGAGCGACCAAUGCAGGAUACGUGGCGCCGACUCGUCAACCUAGUCUCCUCCCCUUGGGCGCCGGCUCUGCUGCGGAGCUAGGGACCGUCAGCAGCAACAGUAAAAACAGCCUGGCCAUUAUCGUGCCGCUGGGACGGGAAAGGCUCCUGCCGAACUCCCCCGACAGCAGUAACAGCUCCGGCAACAACAUUGUCAACAUCAACAACAACAACCGCACAGCCGCAGGCGCAACAGCCACAACAGCAGCAACAGCAGCAACAGCCGAAUCUCCCGCGGCUUCGCCCUCGGCAACACGCAGCCGACGGCAACGGGCUGGCGUCCAUCUACUGGUUCUUCUCGCCGAGCAGCUCUACACGCUAGUCGACCAGUCAUAUGCCGACGGCGGGCCGGCAGCGGCGCCAGCUGGCUGUGCAGCUUGUACAGCAUCUUUGCCCUAUGCUCCGUGCGGGAAGAGCAAGGCGAUGACGGCGUACCUGGUGGUGGGCAUGAUAGUCCGCACUGCAUACCCGCUGGGCCUGCACCGCGACAUAGCGCUGUCGGCGACGCAGGACUCGGUGCCGCGCGCGCGCGCGCACCGCCUUAGUAGACCGUGUGUGGACCUGCUGGACCAAGAGAUCGCGGCGCUGCCGGGCUACCCGUGCGCCAUCGUCGACGACGUCAUAGGCAUCCGCACACCGCCCGCCUGCGCGCGGCCAUGGCGCCAUCUCACCGCCGCGCCGUGGCCGUAG